CCUUUGCAUUCUGAAAAUGUCUUUGUUCAUUGUAUUGCAUGUACUUUGGGGUGAAGAUUAUUAUGAAUGAACAUUUUCUGAAAUAUAUCUUGUGCUCUGUGAGGCUAAAUGUUUGCAUCAACCCUCCUGAAAGCAUUUAUGUGGUCAGUUUGAGCAACAUGAUAAGCAACAAAACAGCCCGCCUCUUUGCAUUGAGAGCACACUUCAUGGGGAACACUUCAUUUACGGACAUUGCAGAGCUUCAGUCAUACGCACAAUGAUGAACUUUACCUUGAUAACAGCUUUCAUUCUCUGCAGCCUCAGCUGGAUCUCUGUCUCAGUUUCUGAGUCUCAGACUGUGGCGGUCCAGUCUGGUGAAGACGUCACACUGCUGUGCUCCAACAUUUCCAAAUAUGAAGGUGUAACAUUCUGGAUCAGACUUGUCCAGAGAACCAGCAUCAGCUGUGUCUCUGUUAUGAUCACACCUAAAAGCCAAGCUACAUUCUGUGAUGGAUAUCAAGAUGGAAGAUUUGAAAUGAGCUCCAACAUCUCUGCUGUCUUUCUCAAAAUCAAACAAGUGGGUCUAUCUGACUCUGGACUGUAUAUCUGUGGAUUUUAUGUAGACGGACAUCCAAGUUUCAGUGUAAUACAUUUAGACAUUAAAGACAGCGAUGAGUCGCAUGAUGACGUGGACAGCAAGUGUGAAAAAGAGGGAGAUGGAAUAACCAAUCCGAUGAGUGUGAUCCUGGGCGGUUUGACUGUUUUCUUUGUAACAGUCAUCAUUGGUCUGGUUGUUAAAGUCAAGAAACUUCAGACAGCUGUCAAUGAAGAACAGAUUCCACAACAGCGUAAGAAUCUGGACUCUGAUGACCUGAAAGCACUGAGUUUGUUUUCAACAACAAUAAGAAACAGGAGGCCUGCAUCAGAGAGAGAAGUGGAAACUCAUAUUGUUUAUGCUGCCAGCAGAUAGACUCAUAUUCAUCCACUGCUGUUCUUUCAUGGACGGAUGGAAGGAGCGAUAAUUUUCUUAUUGGAAAAGAUUACAAUUACUAAAAUUACUAAACAUGUGAUUGUGUUUUUUUUACUCUCAUGACUCUCUCACCAUCUGUCUGCUAAUUUUAUCUGAACUGGUGACUGUCCAUAUAGAAAAUAGAUGGAUGUCUGCAGCAGUGGAGGAGUGAGAGAGGCGAGCACCAUUUGUUUAACAGGAAGAGACAGCAGAGUGUGGUCUGAGCACAGCAGGUGAUAAUUAUGAGGAAUCAAAUCUCUUAAAGAAUCAAGUCUGAAAUGAAGCAUGAAAAUGAAGCAGUGAAUGCUGGCUGGCUUUCCUCUGUCAAGUAGACAAAGUGAUCAGGUUCUACUUUUGUACAGAUGCUUUGGAAACUGGAUAUUUUCACUGUGAUGUCACUGUGUUACAUGUCUAA